AUGAUUAAAGCAACAUUUCCAACAAAUUCAUUCGAUCAAUUUUUAUCUUCUUAUGAAGAAGAUCAUGCUAAACAACAACAAACAAGAUACAAACGAUAUCAAUCUAAUUUUUUGACAAAUAGACAAACUAAUAUAUCUUCAGUUUCAUCUUCAUCAUUUUUAAUUAAUUAUCAAUCAAAUAAUAUGUUAUAUAAACCUUCACUUUCUGCAACAUUUGGAAUACUUCAAUAUAAACAACAAAAUUUAUCAUCUAUUGUUAAUGUAUAA